AACGGCAGCAGUACUACGAAGUUCACGAGAGGGGGGGUAGGGCUGGCUGCGAACAUCGACAGCAGAGGCAGAAUGGGUUCCCGAGGUCUAAAGAGAGCUACACUGCUUCUCUUCGGGUCCUCUAUCAUUCUGGCGCUGUUUAUCAACAACACGGCUCUGGAAUGUGGCGGUGGGGGUCGACUGGGAGACGGUUUCCACCCUCCCUGGGCCUCCAUCAGCCGCCAGCCGCCACUCCAGAGCCUUCCUGCCUUCCCCACAAGACACUCAGGAUCGUAGAUCACCUAGCUCCGACAGAUCAGAGAUUGUGCAGAGGUUCGUGAAAGCAAUGUCGAGACGUGGACCACCAGUUGAACCAUCCUGCAGACAAGCAACUGGUGAAUAUCUGACUCAUUCUGUCUCCAUGCUAGGGAUUGGUAGCCUGGAGCUCGGGCCAGGUCCACAGAUACUUGACCUCCUGAGAGACAUUGUCAGAACUUUGCCAGCUGAUCUAACUGCCUGGACUCUCACCAAGCCUCUACCUCUGGACACCAAUGCCUCCACCUUGGAGGCUCUCAGGUAGCACUGAGAUAGAUCAAAGUUUGAGUUAGUUAUCUUUUCGUUCAGAGGUCUGGGUAUGCGAAGAUUGGGGGUAGUGUCCCUGGCAAACGAGCUCAUUUACUCUGGGCUAGAGGAGGAUGACAUUCAGACAACUACCCGCCAUCUCAACGAGGCAGGGCUCCACUGGGUCGGUCUGUCUGUCAGAAAGGAAGAUCUGGUGUCAGUGAAUGGACUGAGGAUUUCCGUUCUCGCCUACUGUGCCGUCUAUAAAGAAUGUGAGGACUCAGGCGGGCUGUUCUCCCCAGUCAAAUACAGCCCCAGAACCGCUGCUACUGCUGUCAAAUCUCUCAAAUCAAGAGGAGCUGAUGUGAUAGUGGUGAUGGUGAGAUGGGGGAGGGGAGGGAGCUACCUUCCCGAUGAAACUGUUCUAGCAACCGCUCGUUACCUGGCAUCUCUGGGGGUUACCCUAAUUAUUGGCGACCAUCCUGCACUCCAGCAAGGACACGCCUACUUUGAGGGGACCCUGGUAAUUUUCUCUCCUGGCAGUUUCAGCCAAUCCUCUGCAUCUCCUCACCUCUGCUGGCAACAGGGAGAAGAUGGGAGAUUGGAGUACUCACAGGCAGAGCGGUGCCAGUCAGUUCACCCCAGUCUCCGCCGCAGUCUGCUAGCCAGGCAACAGCAGACUUCCCUCUACCAAAUACUCCUCUCCAGGUCAUUGCCUCCUGUGGCACAGUACGUGAGUCUCCCACGCAGUAGAGGUGGGAGUGGUCUCCAGUUGCCCCGCCCACCAGCUAACGAGAGUCUGUCGUGGAUACGGGUGUGUGGUGAGCAAGACCUCAACUGUCUGGCCUGUCACUCCAUGUGACUGUCGUCUCUGAAUGAACUCCGAUACUUGAUUCACUUCUCAUAAUAAUGAAACUGAAGCACACAUAUAUUUAUAUAUUAUAUAAUGUAUGCACAAUAAUGGAGACAAUGUUGAAGAUGAUGAUGAUAGGGGUGGGUCUUUAUUCCUCUCGGGAGUGGUGAAGUGGCUGACGAGGUCUCUGGCAUUUGGACAGACCCAGUCUCAGUCUUGGUCUGGAGAGGUUCAGGUGGACUGUGGUGGGGUAGGCCUCCUGUGUCGAGUAUUCACGUCUUCCGCUGCAGUUGUAACAGGAGUUGUAGCGUCUGAGACUGGAUGGUGACCACACCCCUUCAUCCUCUCUCUCCACCACUGAAUACUUCUCGUCCCAGGGGACGGAAGGUGGGUGGUGUCCGUAAAGAGAGGAGAGUUCCUCUGUGUCUUCUCUGUCAGAGGGCACUACCUGAUGGUCUCCACACACCAGCUUACCACUUCCCCCACCCUCUCCUCUUCCUCCACCUCCUCUCCUCUGCCGGCAGGGAGAGAGGUUGGCAGGUGAGGAGUGUCCUUGAGCAGCACACCCAGAGCCAG